AUGGGUCUAGUCAGCAAACUGCUGACUCAGUUGCCAUGGAUUCUACAACUUCUCAUUUGUUCCAUUAAUCUCUACAACUUUAUGGUUGAAACUGCCGCUAACUCCGUCACCGUCACCGUCAAUGAUGAUGUGUCGAGAAUAGAAGAUUGUAUUGACAACGGUAGUGUACAGAUUGGAGGUUCAGAUAAUUCGACGACAUCAUUUUUGAGCUCCGAUUGGAGCAUCACUGUUCAUGAUGGUGAAAUAUUAGAUCGCGGUGUUGUUACUGAUGCAAUUACCACUCCGAUGGUUAAUACUUCUGCUUACUUCUUUAAGAAAACUCAAGAGCUUAUUGACUUCAAGGAGAAACGCCAUACAAGUUUAGAAUACGGGCGGUAUGGAAAUCAACCUACAGUCGUUGCGGAGGAGAAGAUAAGUGCACUUGAGGGGGCUGAAUCAACCCUGAUUAUGGCAUCUGGUACGUGUGCCAGCACGGUCAUGCUGAUGGCAUUAGUCCCUACCGGGGGACAUAUGGUAACAACAACAGAUUGCUACCGGAAAACUAGGAUUUUCAUUGAGAACUUUCUGCCUAAAAUGGGAAUCUCGGUUACUGUUAUUGACCCCGUAGAUGUGGAUAGCCUGAAGGCUGCACUCAGCGAGAACAAAAUUUCUCCUUUCUUUAUCGAAUCUCCCACAAACCCUUUCCUAAGAUGUGUUGACAUAGAAAGAGUUUCAAAGAUGUGUCACAACAAGCAUUUCGGCCGCAAGGGAGCUGUGUUCAACUUACUCUGUGGUGAUGUGGGCCAAAUGUUUCAAUGA